AUGGCACAGCCUCUAAAUAAGGAUUCCAUGAAAUCCACCUGGCGCACCGCCGACCGCAAAGAAUGGAAUCACAACCACUGGGCCCUGGAGCUCCUAAACGCCCACCCCCAAGAUCUAAACAAAGAAGUGCCCGUACACUCCAAAGAUGAGAAGAUUCCAUACAUGCCCCAAUGGUCUCUACAGCGCUGGGUCCUCUUCUACUCAGCCCUACCAUUAAUCUUCCACCAAACCUACAUGAUGGCAACAGGCCGCACACUCGGCCCAUUCGCAACAUUCAACCUAUAUUUCUUGGCCUUCAACGCAACAGUUAUCUACCAAGUCCACGUCCUCCGACGCCUAGGCCACAAAUACGGCUUCCUAGACGGCGACAAGCACGAGCGCGACGGCGUGCCGGACGUCGGCAUCGCAAAGGUAGUAGCAUCACUCUACAAAACGACCGGAUCCCGCCUCGUAAUGGCAACAUACCUCUGCUAUAACCGCGACGCACUUCCCAGCUCUCUAUCAUGGGCCUGGCUACCUCUCGAAAUCGGCCUAUAUGGUAUUAUCCUCGACUUCUGGUUCUACUGGUACCACCGACUAAUGCACGACGUGGGAUUUUUCUGGAAAUUCCACAGAACGCACCAUCUGACCAAACAUCCGAACCCGCUACUCGCCGCGUACGCGGACCAUGAGCAGGAGUUCUUCGACAUGGUCGGCGUCCCAUUCAUGACAUAUGCGAGUCUGAGACUUAUGGGCUUGCCGAUGGGGUUUUAUGAGUGGUGGAUUUGUCAUCAGUAUGUUGCUUUUGCGGAGGUGUUUGGGCACUCGGGUCUAAGGAUGCAUCUUACUGUUCCGAGUACGUUGAGCUGGCUUUUGCAGAUGGUUGAUGCGGAUAUUGUUAUUGAAGAUCAUGAUUUGCAUCAUCGGAAGGGGUGGAGGAAGUCGCAUAAUUAUGGGAAGCAGACUCGGCUUUGGGAUAAGAUUUUUGGAACGUGUACGGAGCGGAUUGAGUCUGUUGAGGACAAUAUUGAUUAUGAGAAUGUGGCAAAGAUGCCGCUUUUUUAG